CGCUCCACAUUUAAAAACCCAACAAAACCCAGAACAAAAAAAAAAGAAAAAGAACCCUCUCCUCUACAGCAAAAAUGGCACUGAGAAGCAAGAGAAGCCAGGCUCCAAAGCCGAUAUUUAGAUCCAAGCAUGCUGACGAUUACAGUGGAGUUUACUGUGAAGAAUGCGGGUCAGGAGAGUCACCAGGAGAGCUACUUCUUUGUGAUAAAUGUGAUAAAGGAUUUCAUUUGUUUUGUUUAAGACCUAUCCUUGUCUCUGUCCCUAAAGGCUCCUGGUUUUGUCCUUCCUGUUCCAAACAAAAGAUGCCCAAGUCAUUUCCUCUUGUUCAAACAAAAAUCAUUGAUUUCUUUCGCAUUAAACGGUCCACAGAAUCAACUCAGAAGCUAAGUCAAGGUAAACAAAAAAUACUGGGUUGUGGAUUUAAGAAGCGAAAGCGAUCUGGUAGUUUAGUAAUGUCGAAGAAGAGGAGGAAGUUGUUGCCAUUCAAUCCGAGUGAAGAUCCCGAGAGGAGACUAGAACAAAUGAGAUCACUUGCAACAGCAUUGACGGCCUCCGGGACAGAGUUUAGCAAUGAACUAACUUACCGACCAAGCAUGGCACUGAGAUCUGCAAAUCAACCAGCUCUUGAGAAGGGAGGAAUGCAGGUCUUGACAAAAGAAGAUGUCGAAACCUUAAAUUUGUGCAAAAGAAUGAUAAAUAGAGGUGAAUGGCCGCCUCUUAUGGUUGUUUUUGAUCCUGAGGAAGGGUUCACAGUAGAGGCAGAUAGAUUCAUAAGAGACUUGACAAUUAUCACUGAGUAUGUUGGAGAUGUUGAUUACUUGAAGAACCGUGAAAAUGAUGAUGGGGAUAGCAUGAUGACAUUGCUUCAUGCUGCAAAUCCUUCUCAAAGCCUUGUUAUAUGUCCUGACAAGCGCGGGAAUGUAGCUCGAUUUAUUAAUGGUAUCAACAAUCACACGCAGGAAGGGAAAAAGAAGCAGAAUCUAAAAUGUGUGAGAUAUGAUGUUAAUGGUGAAUGCCGGGUUUUGCUGAUUGCAAACAGAGAUAUAUCAAAGGGAGAGAGGUUAUAUUAUGACUACAAUGGAUAUGAACAUGAAUACCCUACAGAGCAUUUUGUUUAAUCUGAUUUCCUAAGUUAAAAGAAGACAUCAACUAACAAGCUAAUCAGAUGUUGUAGUCCUCUCGACAUUAGUAAAUGUGAAAAGGUUCUGACUUCUGCAACAGGAAUGUCCACACACUUUUGUAUACUUAUUUUUUGAAGCACCUAAAGGCAGCAGGUCUUGCCUUGCCUGGAGUCAAAGACAGCUAUGGUGUGAUACUCGCUGCUAUUACCACCA